ACAACAAGGAGGUCCAGCCGAGUGCUCGCUGUAGUAGAUAGCUAGCUCGCUACCCGGUCGUAACUUCGCGUGAGAUUUUGGGAUUUAAACACAAUUGUCAUCCGCACCCUCGUGGUUGAAGUGUCUCAGUAGACUUAUAGAUGUCUGAUGCACCGGAACUUCCUAAAGAAGAAGAAGAAGAAAGGGAGGAGGAGUUAACGCCUGAGCCAGAGGAUCAAUCCGACGACAGCAGCGGGGAAGAGGCUGCAGGCAACACGGAGAUGGACUUCCUGCGUAACCUCUUCUCCAGCACCCUCGGUCUCGGCUCCGCAGACAAAGUUCUGGACGAGCUGACCCUGGACGGAGUGGCGCAAUACAUAAAGAGUGGCAAAUGUAAAAACAUUCUCUGCAUGGUCGGAGCAGGAAUAUCCACAUCGGCUGGAAUCCCUGAUUUCCGCUCACCGGAAACUGGCCUGUACGCAAAUAUGCAAAAAUAUAACCUGCCUUACCCAGAGGCCAUCUUCCAGAUAGAUUACUUUAAGAAACAUCCAGAGCCUUUCUUUGCCUUGGCCAAGGAGCUUUACCCAGGACAGUUUAAGCCGACUAUCUGUCACUACUUCAUGAAGCUGCUGAAGGACAAGGGGCACCUGAGACGCUGCUACACACAGAACAUCGACACCCUGGAGCGAGUGGCCGGGCUCGAGGGAGACGAUCUGAUUGAAGCUCAUGGGACGUUCUUCACGUCCCACUGCGUGAGCUUCUGUUGCCGCCAGGAGUACAACCUGGACUGGAUGAGAGAUAAAAUCUUCUCCGAAGACAUUCCUCGAUGUGACAAGUGCAGCAGUUUGGUGAAGCCAGAUAUCGUCUUCUUCGGAGAGAGUCUGCCCGUCCGGUUCUUCACUUCAAUGAAGAUGGACUUUCCUCGCUGUGAUCUCCUCAUCAUCAUGGGGACGUCGCUGCAGGUCCAACCGUUUGCAGGUCUCGUCGGCAGGGUUUCAAAAGGUUGCCCCCGUCUGCUCAUUAACAUGGAGAAGGCAGGGCAGGCCGAUCCUUUGUUUGGGCUGCUGGGUUUCGGAGGCGGCAUGGACUUUGACUCCGAGAAGGCGUACAGAGAUGUAGCUCACAUCAGCACGUGUGACGACGGCUGUCUGGCCCUCGCCGAGCUGUUGGGAUGGAAGGUGGAGCUGGAGGAGCUGGUGAAGCAGGAGCAUGCGAGGAUCGACGGCCAGGAGAAGGAGAAGGAGAAGGUCGGCGAGAGCAAAGGAGCUGCAGCCGAGGUGAGCGCUGCUGCACCGGUGGCACCAGAGCCCAAGAAGGAAGAGUGACUUAUUCAAAAGCUCCCUGGAGGAGGAGGAGGAGGAGGAGGAGGAGGAGGAGGAGGAGGAGGAGGAGGAGGAGGAGGAGGAGGACGAGGAGGACGAGGACAACAGGGUUUCUUGUUUGGAAGUGAAGCUUCGGCGGGGGUGUCACACUCUCAUUUUCCACAGGCGGACAUUUAAUUCUUCUUAACAUUCUCACUGUUGUCUUUACGCCUCUUGUUUGUAUCAGUAUUUUUCUUUUUCUUUAAUCUUUUGUUGCACUAGCUAUUUCUUUCUGCUGCUGCAGGUGACUCUAUGUACGGGCAGAUGUUUACAGCGAUAGAGGGCGUUGAUGUAAACAGAUCUCAGUGUGAAAGUUGAUUUUAAUAUGUUCUAUAUCCAGCUGUGAGAUCAUGACUUACUGUAUCAGAGCCUCUUCGCUUCUGUUGAGUCGUGUGGUUUCUGUUCGAGCCCCCCAGAAAAGAUAACCAGGCUAUUGUGUAUUUUUUACACAAUAGCCCCCCCCCAAGCUGAAAUCUGCUGGCCUGAUUGGUCCUCCUUGAAGUCAUCAAACGUAUGACAGAAUGAACUUAAGACUUUUAAAAACCUUUUAAAUGAAGUGUUUUUUCAUGUUUAACCACCUCCUUCCCGUUUAAAAUAGAUUUCUAUCAAUUCUGCUAACGCGAUGUUUAUGAUGCAAGUUGUAUCGUCUUCAUCUUCACGGAGCAACAGAUAUAUCUUUUGUCGUUGAUUCUGCUUUUUUUUUUACAUCGUCGGGGAGACUGUGAGUGCUGCAGGAACACGAGAAGGCUAAAAAAAAAAAGACAAGAAUUGCUGAAAUAAAGUGUAAUUAUGUAGUUUCAUAGGAAUCUAUUUGGGUUUAUCUGAAAGAAAGGAGGGGGGGGGGGGGGAAAAAGCAUGAAUUGUUGCAUAAUAAAAUAAAUAAAAAAUACAUUACCAUCUGUACACUGUAAUGAAAACCAAUACGAACAUCUUGCAAUAAAUAUGAACUUUGU